GCGUGUCGCAGGGGAGCAGGGAAUGCUGUAUUACUCUAACACAUCACCAAAAUGAGUGAAAAGGAAGAUCCAGCAGAUGUGGGUGACUCAACAGAAAAUGCAGAAUAUGAGGAUGAUUUUGAAAAAGACACAGAAUGCCUAACUGAUGAAGAAGAAAAACAAAACCUUUGUGAAAAAAAGAAACCUGAAGAAAAGGAAGAGGAUGUUGAAGCACAAGUUCCUAAAGUUGCAGGCAGCUUUCAGGAAGAAAACGAGGAGAUGGAAGAAAAACUAGAUCAGCUUUCAGAGGCAGAUAUAAAUGUGAAAGUGAUAUAUUCUAAUGAAAAGCAUUUGGAAUCCAGGGCAGAUACUGAACAGGAGCACCAUGAAUCUGAUACUGAGAGAGAACGCUCUAUCCAAGAAUCCAAGCUGGAAAAUAAGCAGGAACUGGAUGAUGGAGAGGAUGAAGAAAUAAAGCGUUAUGUCUUGGAAAAGAUUGAAGAAGCCAACAAAAAGCUGGAAAAUCAGGCUCCUGUGGAUCAAAACAGAGAACGGAAAUUAAAAUUUAAGGAUGAAGCAGCUCUUCAAGCUUCUCUUCCAGAAGAUGCUGAGGUUGGUAAAACCAACCUUGCAAGAGGAGAUGAUGUUUCAGUUGGGCUGUCUCAGCUGCAUAUUUCUGGUGACACAGGACAGAAAGGCACAUCACUUGCAGAACGUGCUGGCUCAGCUGUGGAAGUGACAGAAAGUAAAGUUCUAGUGGAAAAAGGUGGAAAGUUUGAACUCUUAAGUUUAUGUGAUAUUGAAAGUCAGGGCAUUUUGGCCCCAGUAAGUGUUUCUUUUAGAGAUACUGGAACUCAACAAAUAUCUCCAAAAUUUCCACUCUCCAUUUCUUUCCCCACUGCCUCUCAAAUGAAAGAAUUGCCUCCAUCUGACUCUAAGCAGCAUCCAGAUUCUGCUUUGAAUGGUGCAAAAGGUCUGGGGAAAGAGAAGACUGAGUCUGCAAACACAUCUGCAAAGAGUUCCACUUACACUCUUACUCCCAGACAAAAAGAAUUAAGGAAGCAGAUAGAACUAAGGAAUGAAAGACUGAGGAGAGAGGAAGAAGAAAGGAAAAGGGAACUAGAAGAACUGAGGAGAAAAGAGAAUGAAUUAGUUUUUAGAGCUUGGUUACAGAAGAAGAAGGAACAGAUGCAACAAGAAAAGCGAAUUCAUCGUGCAAAGCAGCUGGAAGAGAUGAGAAUGAAAGAGGUGAUCAGAGAUCCAGAAGAAGCCUACAGGUUAUGGCUUAAAAAAAAACACCAACAAUAUGUGAAAGAAAGACGGAUGGAAUUUUUGAGACGCCAAGCUGAGGAAGUGCCCUUUUUCCCAAGGAGAGAGGAAUGUGACAGAGCUUUUAGAGACUGGCUGAGAAGGAAGAGAGAAGAGAAACAAGCAGCAGAACUAGCUGCUAAAGAGAGAGCCAGGCAGCUUAGAUUAGAAGCCAGAAGAGCAAGACAGAGGCGGAACAUCCACUAUACUUAAUUGAGAGCCAAAAUCCUUUUUUUGGAUCCUUCACAGAUCAUUACAGUUGAAAAUUUGAAGUAACCACAGAGUUCUUGGUGAUAAUCUUCCUUUAAUGAUUGAGCUUUUGUCCUGUACAGCUACUGACUUUUUGUGGUGUUUUUAAAACUUUUAAGCAAGUUUAACAAUUACCUUCAGUGACAAUGAUUUUACUAUCUAUUUAUUUGUAAUUCAGUUGAAAAGCCUGCUUUAAUGCAUAACUCAGGGAUCUUCUUCAUUUAACCAAAUCUAAAUGAGUGCAAGAUGUAUAUAUGAGGGUGGCAAAUACACAUUCCCUUCUUUAAAAGGCACUUUAUACUAUCAUGGAUUCCUGGAUGCAGGCUACUGUGUAAAAUGCUGAAUUUUUGGUGGAUUAAUAUUGCUGUUUGAUGCUGCUAGUGAUUACGACUGUGCAAGGUGUUAUGUUAUUGGAAAAUAAUGUUUCAUGUACCACUUCCUAUUGAUUUGUUGAUCAGCUCUAGAUCAGAGGACUGUGUUCUUUUAGGUUCCUGGAAAGUGCUCAUUGAGGACUAAUGUGUAGGUGAUUGUGCAACAGGUUUUGAAACUUAUUUCUGUGAGUUAUAUUCCUUGUUUUCUAUUUAUAGUUUUCUAUUCCAUGGAAUUAAAAGCUUGUGCAAA